AUGGGGCUGGGGGUCUGCGAGCGCGGCUGUGUCCAAAGCAAAACGUGCCAGUCAUACUCACCAGAAGGAGGGGAGGAAACGGAAGGAACCUCACGAGAUCCUAUAGAUACGCUGCAUCGUUCCCUAGACUCUUCGGCCCAAUUGACCCAGCAACAGCAGCAACAACAACAGCAGCAAGAGCAGCUCAGCGUAACUACCCAGGUGGACCUGUCUCAGAAGGGGGUGGAAGAUAUCGCGGAGCUUUGUAUGCAAGUUAUCCUUAAGCACGAGGCCGAGGUAACCAAUAGCUUUCCAUCGGCUUUACUGAAGAGUGUGAUAAACGCAAAUUAUGUCGCUACAAGUGCCUCUGGUUGCCAUGUGAACCAUCUGCUAGCAAAUGGCUCUCACGCGGAUCCAGAAGAUGGCACAGAGAGCCAUCUUAGCCCUCCCUGCAGCGAAUCAGCGCCCAUUGCUGCCUGUGGGGAAUUUGCCCCUGCAUUUAUUGAGCCACUGCAGGCCAGCAGUGCAGCAAGCAACGAUGAAGCCCCGCAAGAUCCCUCUGUGACAGAGCAGGAUCUAGAUAUAUACACAAUGCGCACGAUCACUGUUCUGCUGCUUGCUGGGCCAUAUCCAGUUCGUGUGGACGACGUUCGACGCUGCUGGAUGGCCCUCCCUGUGCAGCUCAGAAAGCGGAAUUUCACUGCGUUGGUUCUCGGUCGCACGGCAGCAAUAGCAGCCUCUUGCUUCGGCCUUCAGCUCCUUUCUUUCCAAGUGAAAGGCGACGAGGAGAUCCGGGGGUUUCUGCUUUUUCUCAGCCUGCAGUUUGUGUCGUUUCAGGCUGAGUUGCCUCUAGAGACUGUUAAGGCUAGCAUACGCCUUGUGGGUCGGCAAGAUCUCCUGCAAGGCUUUGACGAGGCUUCCCUGCUCAAGGCAGUUCAUUUCAGAGAGCCGUCUCACAAGCUCGAGUCUCUAGGGGAUUUUCUAUCCGAGUGCGAGUGUCUGAAGUACAUCAUGAUAAUGCGGAGGCCGUCAGCGGCUAGCGAGGGAGCGGGAGAGACCCUCUGCAUAGUCCCUACAGACAGGCUCUUGCAAGAGCUGAAGCUUGAUAGUUUUCGCAGCGAGUGCAAGGCCACGUUCGGAGUUGAGCUCCCAGACACUCGCAUGCAUACGACGGACAGAGAGGAGGUGGAUGGAGGGGCUGCUAACCCAGGAACAUAG